AUGGCCAAUAUUGGUAGACUUGGUUUAGUACAAUAUGUACAUUCAUUACAUGGUAGUGCAACAACCAACGCCAUUGACUACGCCGCAUCAUAUCCAAUCGUUCAAUACCUUCAAGACAAUAGGACUGAAGGAUGGACUCACAUGGCCAUUCAACACGCUGCCCAACAUGGUCUUCUCGAUGCAGUGCAACACUUGUCUCGUGUCCAACCUGAGUACUGCACAAGGAGUGCUAUGGACUUGGCUGCAGCCAAUGGACACUUUAAAGUUGUGGAAUACCUCGGUAGUGAGAGGACUGAUGGAUGCACUACUGAUGCAAUGGACUGGGCUGCUGCCAAUGGUCAUGAACAAGUUGUUAGGUACUUGCACUUCAAUCGAACAGAGGGCUGCACAACAUAUGCAAUGGACAUGGCCGCACGUAAUGGACAUGACAACUUGGUCGAGUUCUUACAUUACAACAGGACUGAGGGAUGCACCUCAAAUGCGAUGGACUUUGCUGCAAGGUAUGGCCACGAAUCAAUCGUUAGAUUCCUCCAUGAGCACCGAUCAGAAGGGUGCACAACCCUUGCGAUGGACUAUGCAUCGUCCAAUGGCCAAUUAGCAAUCGUUGACUUCCUACAUCAUCAUCGAACUGAGGGUUGCACUCGGAAUGCGAAGGAGUGGGCUGCGACCAAUGGACAUUUGGAAAUGGUCAAGUACCUACAUUCCAAUCGAACAGAGGACUGUCGUAGACUGGCAUGUACAGUUGCGGCUGAGAAUGGACAUCUAGAAGUGGUCCGUUUCCUACUCAACAAUAGGACAGAAGGUUGUAGUGCUCUUGGUAUGUACACUGCAGCACUGAAUGGUGAUCUGGAAAUGGUUGCCUACCUCUGGGCCGCAUGUCCAGACCGUUAUAGCGAUGACCACCGUGUGAUACUACGCAAUGCUCAUCAUGGUAAACAUCAAGAACUAUUCCAAUACAUUAAUGAACUCAAGGUGGACCAGAGACCUCCAUUCAUCAGCUGGUCGAAUGAA